AUGCCCAAACGUGACCAUUUACGGAACCUUCUUUCUUCUGUCCCUGGGCCAUGGAAACAGAAACAGGAACGGGCACAGGCCGAUGCCGGUAAAGAGGCGCUCCACGAGUCUGAGUCCGGAACCCCUACUCCGGCCAUUUGCGAGCAAUGCCGCAACUUGGAUCCCGACGAUCCGGAAUUCGGCGAUCUCUUUCUGUGGACAUCAAGGUUAGCGGGUACUUCACCCGCUAGCUGUCACUUUUGCCAGUUUAUUUACGAUGCAGCGACCGCGAUGGUCCCGUCUCUGGCGUCGGACAGCGAGAUACACGCCUCUGUUGAGUCGGAUCCGCCGCGCAAGAGACUAGAUUUCAGAUUUGGCGGUCGGCUUAUGGUGCGGGUAUACGUGCGUCCCGAUCACGAGCGUAACCUUCCAACGAACAACAUUGGCAAAGACAAUGACCCGUUUGCCUUCAUUUCUGCGCAACUCCAGAACUGCAAACAGAACCACCCCGGCUGCUCUCAGCGGCGUCCAGAUUUCCAACCCACACGGCUCAUACAUUGCCCCGACAACACUGAACAACUACGGCUUGUAGAACUUGGCCCAGUGCCCGGGAUCUCAUCCCCAGUCGAAUAUGUUGCACUGAGUUAUUGCUGGGGUGCUUCCGCCUCCUUCAAAACCACUCAGAAGAACAUCGAUGAACACAAACAAGGGUUUAGGAUUUCUGAGUUGCCACAGACUCUGCAAGACGCUGUCACAGUUGCAAGGCAACUUGGCAUCGAGUAUAUCUGGAUAGAUGCGAUCUGUAUUGUCCAGGGUGAUGCUGCGGAUUGGGAAAAGGAAUCAGGCAUGAUGGCUGAUAUCUACAACAACGCCUACGUUACCAUUGCAGCGCUAUCAGCCGCCGCCUCCGCGGACGGGUUCCUCGCUUGUAAGAGAAACCCUCUGCAAAUUUCCCGAUCAUGGUCGGAAGAGCAUGGCGUCACGACUACCCUGGUCGCGCAAGAGAAGAUACGAACUGGCUUACACGCUUCGGCAUUGCGCAACGACUGGGGACCGACAAUGGGUACCCAAGAAGGGGACUUCGAUCCGGUACAGACAAGGGGCUGGUGUUUCCAGGAAGAGAUUCUGUCCCGUCGAUACAUUGCCUUUUCUCGACAGGAAAUGCAAUGGUCAUGCAGAUCUUCGUCCACCUGCCAGUGUGGGUCACUCGAUCAUGACGCCGGUUCCGUUCGUCGCGGACCAACAAGCAUGCAAAGCGACCCGUUCAGAUUCUGGGCAGACGAGGUCCUCUUAUUCUACACCCAACGGACCCUCUCGUUUUCAACCGACAAACUUCCCGCCAUCUCAGGCCUGGCUCGAGCGAUCCAACGCACAACUUCAGCCGAUUACGUUGCUGGCAUUUGGUUGCAGGACCUGACGCGGAGCCUGAACUGGAAGCCCCAAGACGACAUCAAACCCUGCCCUCCCGAGUACAGGGCACCUUCCUUCUCCUGGGCUUCUAUCGACAGUCCAAUAUGUACGCCUACGGCCCCCGACCCCUUGCCUGACCUCGUCUCCCUUGUCAGUUGGGUUGUGGAACCUAAACGCCAGGACCCGCUCGGUGAGAUAAAAUACGCGAGUCUCACAUUGUGUGGGUUUGUUCAUCCAGCAACAGUCACCCAUCAGCCAGGAAGCUACAGCGGGUUUGAGUUCCGCGUGAACGUUGCCGGUCAAAAGGCAAUCUUGGAAGAUGACACAACUCUUGUCAAAUUUAAGACGGAAGGGCCAGACGGCGCCGGGUUCUGGUCAUUUGACAGCGUCAACCCACCCAGGACAACCGGAUUGUCAGAUUCACCACCUACUUAG